UUGCAAAAAUUGAAUGAUUUGAUGGCGUAGAAAAUUUACAUUUGCAGGUGGACGAUUUUCGCCCGACCACCCCCAGAGUGUUCUUUCGCCGAGAGUAAAAGCUUAACUUUCGAAUAAUCACUACUUUUACCUCAUGAAACCACCGCCAUAAAUCCGGAAAUGGAUGAAAAAUUCACCUCAACCCAGGUUCGAACACCCGACCUCCGGAUUUAUAACUCAACGCUCUACCAUUGAGCCAUAAUGCCAUAGAUCUAGUCACCUAAAGUUUCCGUCAACUAUCUGCCAGUUUGGAAGCGUUUUUGUUACGAAAUUUUGGAAUAUCGCGUAAAGCUCCCGGGCCAUGAGCGAGGAGUGGAAGAUACAAUAUUGCAAGCUGUGCAAGGAAUUUUUUUUGGACUCGUGCGGUUGCCUCGCAAAUUUCCAGUCUACCCCCGCUCUCUCGAUCAUUUCCGGCGUGUUCGCAAUGCUCCGGAAGUUGCGAACCCAGAAACCGCACCCUGCGCUUGCUCGACAAAGCGUCGAGUUCUCCAGGUACAUCAAUCUGGCACCGCCCGACACGCGCACCCACGUGUGCCCCACCUCGGAUUUCUACAUGUACAUGUUUACCAUGAGCGGGGAACAGAAGGGGUUUUCGGAUAAUAAAUCGGCGACACUCUCGUCCUCGAGCGCCGUCAGUGUCAACUCCAGAAGGUCAGGUAGCGGCGGCAUUCUUAAAAAUUUGAUCGGGAAAGCGAAAAAGAAGAAGAAGAGCGUGGACGAGUACAGCUCCAAUCCCUUCGUGGAGAAGGGCGACUCGUGCUUCUCCGAAGAUGACCAAAGUGACACGACGCAGUGCACGGUCUCGGACGCCAUCAAGGAGGUACCCUCCAAAAGUAAAAUUCCGGUUCUGAAGAAGUCCAGUUUCGGUAGUAGCAGGGGAACGACGAGCGCCAUUGAUUUGAAGAACGGAGCUCUUUGGAAGUACCCCUCGCACACAGAGCUACAUAUGCCUGUUUGCAAUCUUCCAGAGCUCAACAGUUUUGACUCGAGUAUGCGAGAAGCUGACAGACUCUUAGCCCAAGUAAGGGCGAGCGAGAUGCACAUAGCGCACUUGCUAUCGAAAUACGUCCAAGAUUCCUUAUUUAAGGAGGAGCUAUUGCAAGCCUUGACGAAGCACUCGAAGCUUAGCUUGGAGGCCGAGAGGUAUACGCGCAGCUUUUCGAACGACUCGCUGCAGCGCAGCAACGAAAUCGCACGAAUCCGCGAGACAGAAACGCAGGAGCGUCUCAACUCGUUCAUUCGAAACAAUCGAAUGCUGCAGGACGACGUAGAGGAAUUGGCGAGGAAGAACGAGAAGCUCUGCAUCAAGCUUCAGCAGUUCUCUUCCCGCGAAAGGUCUCCAGAUACAUGCAGUGGACUGUUGGAAACCAUGAAUAAGAACAACGACGUGCUUCGCGACCAGGUCUCCAGCGCCGUAAGCAAAAUUGAGCACCUGGAGAACUACGUGCAGAAAGUGCAAGGCGACAAUCGCGUCUUGGAAGAGAAACUCCACGAUGCCACCUCCCAAUUGCACGCCUACAAAGAUCUCGAACAUCGUUGGGAUGUCGAACACAAACUGGAGCAGGUGCAGCUAACCCAGGAGUUAAACAAAAAUCGGGAGUUGCUGAAGGAAAGCGUCGAGGCUGGGAAGCUGCUCUUGGACGAUCUGGACGGUAUUAAACAACAGUGGCAAUCGGCAUCAACCGUGAUAAACAAGGCAAAGUCUAGCUUGAAAAGUCACAGCUUGCCUGAUCUCAUCUCGCUGUUUCGGUCGUGCAUCAGCGAGCUGUCGAGCGAGCUGCAGGUGGCCCGCAACAACGAGAAGGACCUGCAGUGCCUUAAGGACGAGGUUGCGCGAAAUGAAGAGCAGCUGAAGCAGCACAAGUUUGAGGAGGAUCGCCUGCGUAAUGAGCUGAAGCUGUUGGCGCAGACGGAGUUGGAGCUGCAGAACUGCAGGGCCAAGCUUUCGAACGCUGAGAAAACGUUGGGGAAAGAAGUUGCCCCGGUCGUCCUCCUGUCAGAUUUCGACCAGCUGAAGAAGGAGGCCGUUGAAAAGGACGAGGAGCUGCUCCUGCUUCACGAGCAGAACGCAACGUACAAGUCGGAGAAUGACACGCUGCGGAUGCAAAUGCAGGGUUUGAGGCAGGUGCUUUCGGCUAAUGGUACCGGAGAGGUUGCUGACGUCCAGGAGAAGCUGGCCACCUUCCAAUCGCAGUACUAUCAGAUUCUAUCUGAGAAGAACGCCCUCUUGGAGAAGCUCCACUCUGUAAGUGCCGAUAAGGUUUCUCUGGGCCAACUGCAGAAUACCACCUCGCAAUUCGUGCACGCUCAGCAACAAGAACUAGACGCUAUCAAGAGGGACUACAGAUCACUGCGGCAGCAGUUCGACGUGGAGCACGAGCAGGCCAUUACACUUAGGCUCGAACGAAAUAAACUCAAAGAGGAAAAAUCGGUCUUGAAACAAAUCUAUCUACAGCUCAAGAAUGAAAUAAACAGAGUCCAAACCCUGGAAGGCAAAGUUGUAGGAAUGAACAUGGAGGCCAACAGACUGGCGGUAAUCGCCGACUAUAAUAAGCAAUUGGGGGAGAAACUGCAAUGCGAGGUGGUCGAGCGAGAUGUCAAGAUCUCGGAAUUGGAAAGCAACAUGAAAGAGCUCAAUAAUGCGCAAAUCGAGUACGCCAAGGACAAGGUGGCUUUAUGCCUGGAGCUAUCGGAGGUAUCCUCUCUAAAUGAAAAACUCAGCAACUCACUGGUGAGCAAACACAAGAAACUGGAUCAGCUUCACGACACCAAAAAGCAAAUCGAGAGCGCGGCAAGUGCUCAGUUAAGAGCAGCGGAACAGAUGCAAAAGGUGGAAAGAGCAGCCUUGGUGGAACUCCUGCAGGAUCACAAGCGAGUAGUCGCGCAACGAGACAGUCUCUCCCGCGCUCAAUCUGAGUACAUCAAACAGCUCACCGAGCUUCGUGCGAACACGGCGACCCUAAACAGGAACAUUGAGACCGCCAACAGGAAUCACAUCUACAACGUCCAGGUAAUCCAGAAUCUGGAAGGUAAGCUGCAAACGUCCACGAGCGAGGCGAAAACGUUACACGCCCAAAUUCAGGGCAAGGAUCAGGAGCUUUUGCAAACGCGAAUCGCCAUGGAGGAGAUGAGAAAACAGGGACAAGCACUCGAGGGGAGCGUUUCGUACUUACAAAACACAAUUCAGCGCUUAAGCCUCGAUCUGGAUAAAUCGAGGGAGUCCGAAAUGGUAAGAAUAAACCACUAA